UCAACAUUCAUCAGUUGAUGUUGAUCGCUUGCGGAGUGGGUUGGUGUGUCUGGUUUGCGCUAGAAAGUUGAUCUCGUGUGUUUCUGGGAGUACGCGUCCAGUCCUUCGAUCGAUCCAUUGUUCAGUUGUAAUUUGGGACUUGGCGUGCAAUUUGUUUUUUGCUCGCUAAUCGGAGAAGUGUGUCAGUAAAAGUUCAGUGAAAUAAUCAAAGCCGCACGCGCCUGAUAGUAACCGGUCAGAGGCAGCUACUGGACGUAGACCGUCGAGAAAAGGGCGGAUGUGCGAAAGUUUCUUGUUCAGAAAACUUUGUUUUCGAUAAUUGAUUGGAUUUAUUAGUGCAGUGGAUUUUCACAGACUAUUCUAGCAGCAGAGUGGAUUAAGCAAUUGCAUAUCAGUGUGGAAAAGGGAAAUAUAAGUCAGAGAACGGAAAUACGGGGGCAUCGAUCUGUUCGAUCAUUUUGCAGAGGAAAUAAAACUUCGUCUUCAAGAUUUCAUUAAGAAAUAUCCCCAAACAAUUCAUCAUGCAGGUGGAAUCAGGUUUCACUAAAUAUUCAGGACGAGUGCCACCUCUAGAUCUGUCUAAUGUUAAUGUCUGUGCGCGUGAUAGUGAUUUGCGAUGGAAUAAAAUGCCGACAUCAAUAUCAGCAUCAACUACUUCAUCGUCAGGCGCAUCUAUCUCGAAGAAACCGGCUCAAGAAAUUCAAAUGGGUUCCGAUGGUUUGCCUAUCGAUCCACGCGAUUGGACUCGUGCCGAUGUCUGGAAAUGGUUAAUAAAUCUUGCAAUUUCCGAGGGCCUUGACGCCACACCAGAUCUAGCACAAAAAUUCCCUAUGAACGGAAAAGCGUUGUGUUUAAUGACCCUCGAUAUGUACCUUAGCCGAGUGCCCGUCGGCGGAAAAAUGCUUUAUCGCGAUUUUCGAGUUCGCUUGGCACGUGCUAUGAGUCUGUAAUGCAGAUAUAUCAGCCACAACGUUAAAUUCGCUCUCCUCUAUCAUAGACGGGACGAAGUGUUAUUAUUGCAUUAAGCAUGUCCAGAGUCCACUGCUUACAGUUGUGUAUGAAAAUUGUAUGGUAUUUAUUAUGAAGUAAACUUGUAUUCCUAUUUAGACAUAAGGUUGUAAAUUAUUGUACAGAAUAUUGAAAAUGUUAUUAUUUAGAAAUCAUUAAUAUAACUUAUGAACUAUAAUAUUGUAAAGCUUUCAAAUUUAUGAGCACACACAAAAUCGAAUCUAUUAAUAUGCCAACUGCAUCUCAAUCUCAUCAAAUAAGUAUCGUUUACGACGGGACGUUUUGAAAAAAGAUUAAAAACAAUCCAAGAUCUGAAGAUUAUGUUAGCGUAAUAAAGUCAUACUUAGCAAAUUGUGACCUCGAAAUGCCCUUUUUUACUAGCCGAACUUGAUACAUCGACGAAUUCAGAACAAAGUUAUUAGAUUCAUUUUUGGAUACUCCUUUUUAUUAAUCUGGAGAAUAUCCUCAUAAUCAUACCAGAUUGUUUUUAAUCCGUUUAUGCAGACAGUAUAUCAAUCGUUUAUUAAUUACAGAAUGUGGAUCUCAAUAGCAAUUUACUUAUUUAACCUCUUAGCAAACCAUCUGGUUUAGUAAAUUUUGUAUUGAUUGAAGUUAAACGCUAAGGUUUCUAGUCAUAUGAUUUUCUGUUUGAUUAAAUAAGAAGACUUUGCAGAAAUGAAUAAACUUAUUGUACAUA